AUGGUUGUGGUUGAUUCUUGUUCAGAAUCCAAGAAUGCUCUUCUUUGGACUCUCUCCCAUUGUGCUCAGCCUCAAGACUCCAUUCUUCUUCUCAACUUUCUUAAAGCUAAACCCUCUCGACCAGAUGCUCUAGCCACUAAAGAAGAGGAAUCUUGUGACAAACACACAACGUCAAGAGCUUAUACAAAAGUUUCAGUCUUGAAAAACAUCUGUGAGCUUAAAAGACCUGAGGUAAAGACAGAGAUGGUGGUUGUGGAAGGUCUUGAGAAAGGUCCAACCAUAGUGAAAGAGGCAAGAGAACGUGGGGCAUCCUUGCUGGUUCUAGGCCAGAAGAAACAGCACGCCACGUGGCGGCUACUAUUAAUAUGGGCCUUAAAGGCCCGACCUAUGAACAAAAACGACAUUGUAGAGUAUUGCAUUAACAACUCUCCUUGUAUGGCCAUUGGUGUUCGCAAGAGAGGCAAGAAACUUGGUGGAUACACUCUUACAACUAAGCGUCACAAAGAUUUUUGGCUUUUGGCCUAA